UGAGUUAAUAUUUUGAAAUUGUCGUUACAUUUUUUAAAUAAUAAUGAUAAAUAUAGCUGAAAAAAUAAAAAUGGAUUUCUUUAAGAGGGCGAAAUUAAAACAUCAUCGGUUGAGGGCAAAGUAAACUUUUAUUUGAUUUGUGACCUCUGCGAUUAUCUCGUUUUGUAAUUGGACAUUUUUGUCAUUCAUAUAAACACUUAACAUAGACACAAAAUUAAUUCAUCGAGAAAAUUUUUUGCACAGUAUGCCGGACUUAGUGGGCAUAUGAAGUCCCAUGGAACUUCCUUGGUAAAUAUCACCGAGAAUGGAGCUGAAAGAUUGAAUAGUUUAAGUGGCCACAAAUAUUAUGACCAAUCAAGUUAAUAAUAAAUACCAUGUAAUAACUUUCAUAAUGUUAUAUGCCUUGAAUUCAGUUUUGUUAAUUGUAUGCCUUUUUAACAUUUUUAAAGUUUUUACAUACUCAAUACAUACAUUUGUAAUCCGAUAAUAAAUUUAAAUUGAAAAAUAUCGAUAUGAUAUCGUCUACUCUAAUUAUUAUAACAGACAAAUUGUAAACAAUUAUUUGCAACAUAUGAAGGAUCAAGGUCACAGUGAAUCAAGGAAGGCAUUUAUUUGGUUGGUUGAUCACUGAAAGUAUGGCAGUUUCUAUACAGAAGUGUGGCGAAAUUACCACUUCUCUAACUAGGAGAAAAAGAGAGUAUUUUCUGAAAUGCAUGUUUUGUGACAAACAGUUUUUAACUUUAGACAAAUUCUGUAAACAUGUUGAAUUCGUACAUUUGGAUUUGUCAGAUGGAUAUGAACAGGAGAUAGAGGAACAUAAAAUGCCAGAAGAUACAAUAAUCGCGAUGGACUCUGGUCAGGAAGAGAAAAAUGUAUUCAUUGACAUAGAAGUACUGGAUAAUUCACGAGAGGAACCUCAAGAAAUAGAAGGAAUAAUUGAAGUCACGGAUAAUGAAGAAGCCGGAGAUUAUUUCGAAGUAAUUGAAUAUCAGGAAGAUGGGAAAUUUGAUGGAAACUAUAACGAUACGCUCGUAAGUACUACAUAUGACUAUGAAGAAACUGACGAGGAAUUAAGUGAUACUGAAAAGGACUCGCGGAAUGAUCCCUUGAAAAUGUUUGAUAAGGAAACCAUGAAUACGAUAUUUUCAAGUUUUGAGAAUUAUUCUAUAUUGUGGGACAGAGCAGAUCCAACAUCCAAAAACCAUCAUUUACGUUCAAUUGCUUAUAAAAGUCUCGCAUCGGAUGUAGGAAAGUUAAAUCAAUGGAAAAAAGUAAGAGAUUUAGUACGAAAACUUAACCACCGACUUAGACAAGAGCUUGAGAGAAAAAGACAUUGCAUGUCGAUGGAUGAAGACUAUAUUCCGUGGUGGUUAAAGGAUAUGGACUCCUUUGUUAGAAUUAGAAAAUUAGAGAAUAAAAAAUUCGUCGUACCUCCGAGUAUUCUCACAGAACCGCAACGAAAAAUAUUUAUAAAGUGCUAUAAGGGAUUUACGUGCCUUUGGAAUGAAAUUGAUAAUGACUAUCGGUUACCAAACAAACGAGAAGAAGCAAUGAUUGAAAUGGGAAAAAUUCUGCUGAAACAUGAGAUUGCUCUAACACAAUCAGAAAUAGCACAAGAAAUCGCUGGAAUACGAAAAAUUUGUUGUCAAGAGAAAAAAAUUAAGCUAAGGUGUGAAGAAUUAAAUAUUGCAUAUAUACCCCAUUGUGCUUCCUACGAGCAAAUUCGCUUUCUCGAAGUUGAUGUUGGUCCGUUUAAGUGUGAUAUAUGUAGUGAGAUACUUCCGGGACUCAAUAAUUUCAAAAUGCAUAAAUCAAAACAUGAUGGCAUAAAACCUUUCACCUGUCCUCUAUGCGGUAACAGUUUUACCACGGUACAUAGCUUGAAUAUUCAUAUAAAUCGACAUACAGGCGACUACAAAUAUAUCUGUAAAUAUUGUGAGAGAAGUUUUCCCGCAUUAUCAGAGCUAAAUGUGCAUGAACGAAGUCAUACAGGUGAAAGACCAUACUUUUGUGAUCAAUGUGGAAAAACAUUUCGCGUUUGGGUAUAUUAUGAUUCACAUAUAAGGCGUCAUCAAAACCGACCAGGAUAUAAAUGCAGCAUUUGUUCGAAAAAUUUCUUUGGCGCUCAACAUUUAAAUGAGCACAUGAGUAUUCAUCGAAAGGAACGCGAUCAAGUGUGUAAUGUGUGUGGGAAGGCUUUUAAAAUGGCCAAAUAUCUUAGACAACACAAACAAAUCCAUUCAACAAAUAAGAAAUAUAUUUGUAAAAUUUGUGAUAAGGCCUUUGCGCAGUAUGCUGGUCUAAGUGGGCACAUGAAAACUCAUGGCACCACACUUGUAGGCAACAACAUCAGAAUUAACACGGUUGAAGAUGAUAGCAAUGAAAUGUUAUAGUAGGAGAAGUAGAAGUCUGAAUACAAAAUGAAUAAUAAAAUCAUUUAAAACUCUAAAUGUGGCUUAUAU